AUGAAAGGUCGGACUGUAAAUGUGACGUAUGAUGGCCUCAAGCGAUCCGCAUUUGUCUCGUCUGGUGAUACUGAUGAUGAUAAGAAAUCGAUAUCAUCACAUAAACCGUCGUUGUACACCGCCUACUGUGGGCAUCGAGUCGUUCGUCUCGCGUCCGACCGUACGCGCACCGCAUUCGACGUUCGUCUCGCGUCCGACCGUACGCGCACCGCAUUCGACGUUCGUCUCGCGUCCGACCGUACGCGCACCGCAUUCGACGCGACCGUACGCGCACCGCAUUCGACGUUCGUCUCGCGUCCGUACGCGCACCGCAUUCGACGUUCGUUCGCACCCGACCGUACGCGCACCGCAUUCGACGUUCGUCUCGCGUCCGACCGUACGCGCACUGCAUUCGACGUUCGUCUCGCGUCCGACCGUACGCGCACUACAUUCGACGUUCGUCUCGCGUACGCGCACUGCAUUCCGCGUCCGACCGUACGCGCACCGCAUUCGACGUUCGUCUCGCUCCGCGUCGCGACCGCUUUCGACGUUCGUCUCGCGUCCGACCGUACGCGCACCGCAUUCGACGUUCGUCUCGCGUCCGACCGUACGCGCACCGCAUUCGACGUUCGUCUCGCGUCCGACCGUACGCGCACCGCAUUCGACGUUCGUCUCGCGUCCGACCGUACGCGCACCGCAUUCGAACUCCGUCCGAAGUCCGUUCGGUUGCACCGGUGCCGGGGAUCGAACCCACACCCUCUGGCACAGGAGGCGGGUACACUGCCCACUACGCCAUUCGGGUCGUCGUUCGUCUCGCGUCCGACUUCGUCCGCAUUCGAAGUCCGUUCGGCUGCACCGGCUAUCGAAGCGAUAAACGGCCCGGCGCCGGCGCCCAUUAAAAUGGCCGCGCCAUACGCGCGUCGCCGUUUCCAU